GCUACGAGCUGUAUGGACACACGGAAUAGGCCGUUCGGGGUUAGGGCCUCCUGACUGAUGGACUGCAAGUUUAUGCAAGGAGAAUAUAAUGGCUCUCUUCAGCUGAGAUAGAGGGCAAUGGGCCGUAAAUAGGCGACGUCUAGCUAGUCAUAGGAGUGCAAAAGGUUGGAUUUAAUUCAACUUCGUGUUCGCUAUUACUCAUCAUCUCCCCCUCUUUACUCCUAGGCUUACCUCACUCUCCAACUACAUUAAGACCGGGAAAAUAUUCCAUCAAAUGUCUGAAGAGAAGCUCCGAGUUACUGUUGUCGGCUCUGGGCUUGCUGGCUUAGCUGCUGCGCGGAUCCUUCGUGAGCACCACGAUGUGACUGUCUACGAGCGAGGCGGUCCAGACACAGCGACUGGAGGACAGGGUAUCUGCCUGUUCUCCAACGGCGUCAAAAUUCUUCAAACUAUGGGGUUUGAUCGCGAACGCCCUGGCGCUGUGCCCUGCUACGGGUACCGACUCUUUGACAAAAACGGUAAUCGGCUACAGGACUUCCCAGUCGACUUCAAGAAUCGGUAUGGAGCGGAUUCAAUUAGUAUGAAGCGAUCCGACUUCCGUGAAGAACUUCUGCGGCUUGCAACUGCCCCUUCGGAAGAGCUUGGAAUCCAAGGGAGUCCGGCACAGAUGGUCUACAAUACCUCGGUCACUGAUGUUAACCCCGAGAAGGGACUUGUGAUGCUGGAGGACGGUUCUACCGUUGAAUCUGACAUGGUCGUUGUUGCUGAUGGAGUUCAUUCACGUCUCCGUUAUUGCAUCGUUGGCUCUGACACCUGCCGACCGAAGAAAAAUGGGCUGACCUGCUACCGCAUUGCGAUCUCCACGGAGUCUGCUAGAGAGGCAUUAGGCUCUCUCCCCGAGUGGUGGGAUCCAAGCACAUCAGACGGCCGCAUCUCUGCUCUGCAAGCCGGCGAUGGGAGCAAUCGCCUAAUUGCCGCGUAUGCUUUGCGCAACUACGAAUACAUGAAUUUUGCUUGCGUUUUCCCCACCCUUCAAGACAAAGGCGACGUCCUGGGAUCAUGGUAUGCGGAUGGUGAUCGUGAGGAGAUGCUUAACACUUUCAACGAUUUCUACGACCCGGUUCGAACUGUCCUCAGCAUGGCCACUGAGGUGAAAGUGUGGGAGCUCCAGGAUAUGGACCCCCUGCCCACCUGGCACCGGGGGCGCGCGAUUCUUAUCGGAGACGCUGCACAUGCCAUGACGCCAAUGCAGGGUCAAGGUGCUAAUAUGGCAGUCGAAGAUGCCGACAGUCUUCGUUUGCUCCGUCCAGGCCUUUCCCAUGAACAGAUCGAAGCUGUUCUCCAGCAAGUAGAUGGUAUCCGGCGACCACGUGCGGCGAAAGUGCUAGAGGACACUCGCGUCAUGGCCAAGGAUAUAACCAUGGAAGAAAGAAUAGCGAACCUGGACUAUAACUGCGGUUACAAUGGGGUCUUUGAAGCGUUGAAGGAAACCCAGUAAGCUGAUCUUCGUUGCUGGAACGGAUAUUGAAUCGGAAGGUUUAAGCAAUUCGGCAUUCGAUCUAGGGCCUUACCAUUGCAUAAAUUACUCCACAUCUUAGCACCGUGAAUUGAUGUAUGCCCUGCAAUGUUGGCACAUGGUAGUAAAAUAUAAGUCCCGGAAUUCCGGGCCGACAACCCGCCAACAGUUUAAUCACAUUUGAAGAUCAAGAGAGAGCCUAAAUACAGUAACGCUUUUUGAUUUGUAAGGGCCCUGGGGCCAUUAGUCCGGAAAAUAGUGAUUGUUCCUGUAAGACGGGGAAAUUAUGCAUACAUUUCGAUUGACAGCCCAAUAUACGUGAAACGGGAAGUGUUUUGACCUUCUUUAGUGACUAAAGUCGGCAUUCUGGGGACCUUGCAUGAGUAGGC